AUGGAGUCCAACGACACGGCCUCUGCCUCUUGCCUGGACUCUGCCGCGUUCAAGGUCUCCGUGAGCGUGGCACUCACCAUCCUCAUUCUCGUCACUAUUGCCGGCAACGUGGUGGUCUGCCUGGCCGUGGGCCUGAACCGCCGGCUCCGCAGCCUGACCAACUGCUUCAUCGUGUCCCUGGCCGUCACCGACCUGCUCCUCGGCCUCCUGGUGCUGCCCUUCUCGGCCUUCUACCAGCUCUCCUGCCGGUGGAGCUUCGGCAAGGUCUUCUGCAACAUCUACACCAGCCUGGACGUCAUGCUGUGCACGGCCUCCAUCCUCAACCUCUUCAUGAUCAGCCUCGACCGCUACUGCGCGGUCACGGACCCCCUGCGCUACCCCGUGCUGGUCACCCCGGCCCGGGUGGGCGUCUCCCUGGUCUUGAUUUGGGCCGUCUCCAUCACCCUGUCCUUCCUGUCCAUCCACCUGGGGUGGAACAGCAGGGACGAGGCCAGCGGGGUCAACCACACCCUCCUGCCCUGCAAAGUCCAGGUCAACCUGGUGUACGGCCUGGUGGACGGGCUGGUCACCUUCUACCUGCCCCUGCUGGUCAUGUGCAUCACCUACUUCCGCAUCUUCAGGAUCGCCCGGGAGCAGGCCAGGAGGAUCCAUCACGCCGCCUCCUGGAAGGCAGCCACCCUCCGGGAGCACAAAGCCACGGUGACGCUGGCCACCGUGAUGGGGGCCUUCAUCGUCUGCUGGUUCCCUUACUUCACCGUGUUCGUCUACCGGGGCCUGAGAGGGGACGACGCCGUCAACAAGACCUUCGAAGCCGUUGUUCUGUGGCUGGGCUACGCCAACUCGGCCCUGAACCCCAUCCUGUACGCCGCCCUGAACAGAGACUUCCGCACGGCGUACCAGCAGCUCCUGCGCUGCCGGUAUGGCGGCUGCACCGCCCACGACCCCUCUCUGAGGUACGACAGCUCUCGGCUCCCCAGGACUCGGAGCCACGGACCCGGGCAGCAGGAGGAGAAGCCCCUGAGGCUCCAGGUGUGGAGUGGCAGAGAGGUCACGGCGCCCCGGGGAGCCGCAGACAGGAAGCCUGCACUGUCCUGCACCGCGAGCUCCAGCAACCUUCUGAGCUGCUGCAAGAGUCUGUGGGGGCGUCGAUUCCUCCAGAGACACGGGGGAGGCCCCUCGGAGCAGCCACUGAGGACACCACCCUCCCAGGCUGCCUAGACCCGGCCCCAGGACACUGAAGAUACUGCUCCCGGUCACCAAGAUGUGACUCCUGGAGCCCCUAAGGGCCCAGCGGCCCCCAAAGCCACCGAGGAGGCCCCCUCAGUGACUCCCAGAGCACACACUGGGGUGCCAGGGUCCACAGGCCCUGUCUGUACUCAGCAUUCCCAGAGAGGAGAGGUGUUCAGGACUUCUUGGAGCCCAAGCUCACAGUGGUGCUGGCCCCGAGUCCUGAGCAGAGAUGGGGGGACAUGUGG